GGAUGCAAAGGCUGUUGCUUGCUUCUAAUAGCGGAUAAGCAAAAGUGCGAGAACUGGAAAUAAGAAGGAUAAGCUCUCAACCACAAAAUCCUGAGAAUAAUAGCUUUUACGACUUCUUCCCACUUCACUCAACAAUGGCUUCCUUGCAAAAUUCACCUUCACUCUAUCACACAUUGUCUUCCAACUCUUUUCCCCAGAUGGGACUACAGAGGUAUCGUAGUUCGUUUCCUUGCUGUAGAAGAGGGUUUUCGUUUAUUGUUCGUGCUGAGCAAUCAUGGGCUCUUUCUCAAGUUAAAUCCAGGAGACGCCAACUGAUAGCAGUCAGUGUGAUUGCCCCUUGGGUUUCUCUGUUUAACCAAACUUCUUCAUCAUUUGCUGCAGAAACUAAAAAGGGGUUUCUCUUAGUAACAGACAAGAAGGAUGGAUACUCAUUCCUCUAUCCAUUUGGAUGGCAGGAAGUUGUCAUUGAAGGUCAAGACAAGGUCUUUAAAGAUGUCAUUGAGCCAUUAGAAAAUGUCAGUGUAAAUAUGUUCCCAACAACCAAACAAGAUAUUCGAGACUUUGGACCCCCACAACAGGUUGCUGAAACAUUGAUCAAAAAGGUUUUAGCCCCUCCAUCCCAGAAAACAAAACUAAUUGAGGCAUCUCAGCAUGAUGUUGAUGGAAAAGCUUAUUACACCUUUGAGUUUGUUGCUCAGGCUCCCAAUUAUACUCGCCAUGCUCUUAGUACAAUUUCCAUUGGCAAUGGUAAAUUCUAUACACUGACCACAGGGGCCAAUGAGAGGAGGUGGGACAAAAUGAAAGAUAAAUUGCACACAGUCAUUGAUUCCUUUUCAGUGUUUAAUGUAGUCGGUUAAGCUCCAUAAUCUGAUUCAGUUAAUCUUCUAUACGUGAAGCACCAUUGUGCAUUUUCCAGAUCUUACAAGUCUUAUUUUCUCAUCACCAAGUACGCUUCUUCAUUUUUUCCCCCCCCCUUUUUUCGCAGAGCUUUGUCUUUUUUGGGAAACAACUUCCCCCUUCAACGUUGUAGUGAUGUAAUUGUUAUUUGUUUAUAGUACUGUGAAGUCGAGUUGAAGCAAAAACAUUUUUCUUUCUGAACUGGAAAUUGGAGAUUGAGAGAGUAGAAUUUCAGACCUCUCAGAUUUAUUCA